UGGAAGAACGUGUUGUAACACCUAACAAAGAUCAAGCCUUACCUUCAAACCAUUCUCCAGUGCAAGAGCCAGAAUCUUACUCUCCUUCACGUGAACGAAUUCAACAAGAUCACAUCCAUUCUCCAAUGCCACAAAGACUCCACUCCCCAAUUUCUCCGAUGCAAAAUUACGAUUACCCUCAGGUUCAGAAACAAGUUCAUGAACCUAUAUAUGCCGACAUCAUAGAAUCCACAAUAUCUGAUUACUAUUCUGGUGACAAUCAGUCUGAUUGGAAUAUAUUAGACCUACAAAAUUUUAUUGAUACUGCAAGAACUUUUGAUAUACUUACCAAACAACCCAGAAAAUUAAAUUUGAUCCUGCAACCGCCAAGUUUACCUUUCAAACGAGAAAUAAUUCUCUAUGAUGAUUUCGUUAUUGAAGUUCCUGAGUAUGACAGUGAUGAAAGAUUUCAUGUACGUGCUCAUUUGUUCUUAUUGACCGAUCUCUUGUUGGUUUGUCAAAAAAUUGACAUAAAAGACCAACAAAAUACACCUAAUUUUAAAUACUGGCUAAUGUAUCAACCGUUGAGCGGAAAACAUUUGUCUAUAAGGGAUAUAAGUUAUGAGGAAGGAG